AUGUCGAAUGCAGCCAUCAUCACUUGCAGUGUCUUUGUUACCGCCGUCAGGGCACCUCAGGCUAUUCGCUUGGUAGUCCAAAGUCCCGCUUCACCCGCCAUUUGCCUUGCGUUCGUGGCGUACAUCCUUCCAAUUGUCCCCUGCAUAGCAUCUAUCAUACUUGCCACUCAGGGACUCACCGCAUAUGGUUUGCAGGUGCACGUAUUUACCUUGUAUAGCCUUGCGUGGAUCGACUGGAUGUAUAUCGAUAAAUGGUUCGCGGGCAUGACCCAGCACGAGUGGUCCGAGCUACCGCGUCCCAAAUUAUCACAACAAUGGCUUUGCCGUAUUGGGGUAGUUAUAGGAUACAUCGUCAGCGGGUGUGUGGUACUGUAUCUCCACAACUCGUACGCCAACCUUGCUACUUUGUUAGUGUUUUCUGGUUCAUACGUUUACUUGUCAAUACAGCCUUGGCCUCAAGCAUUCCAGCGUGAAGGCAUGGCUUGGUUGUGUCACUAUCAGAUUGCGUUCACAGUGGUCUUAGUCAUGGCUUCUAUCACAUUGAGCGUGGUCUUGAUCAUUGCUUCUACCGUAUCGACAGUUGGAGCCAUUCUUUUACAAAAGAUCGCAGUAUCCUUUCCUACUUGGCUCCCUAUAAUCCGGCGCACAAAGCCAACGCAGAACCACUUUGGCGUAGGAAAUUCACCAUAUGGUUGGAGAAACGUGGGAGGAAGUGAAGAAAGCAUGUGGCAUAGGAGAGUGGAGACCUUGGAGCAACUGCUCGCUGUGUUGGGUACAGAGUCGGACGAUAAGAAGAUCGGCAAUGGUGUCAUGAUGCGUAUGGCAAAUACAGACAAAGCUCUAUUCUUGUUGUGCAUUCAAUGCUCGGAGCGCCUCGACUUUUCUUCAACGAAAGAGUUCUUGAGUGCUUGUACCGAUGGCACACUAGAUGAGUCUCGGCUUGCGGAACCUCUUCGACAUCUGGGUUCUAGCCACAUCAAAACUGCUGAGUUCGCCGCACUUUUGUCAGGACAGAGAGAAGCGCUGAGAUGGCAGGACUAG